UCAAAAAUUAAAAUCGGGUCAAGGGUAUCGGCACCCCUCUCUUUCUAUCUAACUCACCAUUUUUCCUCAGCCGCAGGUGCUCUGCUCUCCACCAUCGCUUCCACCUGCAACCCUUUCCCACCACCGUCUCCCCCCUGCCUUCCGUUUCUCUGGCCACUCAUUUGGUCUAGAUCCAAAUGAAUCUGACAACGAUGGGAGAACUGCCCUGCAUAUAGCUGCAUCAAAAGGAAACGAGAAUUGUGUGCUACUGCUUCUGGAUUUUGGAGCGGACCCCAACAGCAGAGGCCAAAAGCAACGAAGGUGCUCCUCUCUUAAAUUAUAUAUAGUAGCCACCCUCACUCUAGCCUUUCAAGCUAGGAAAACUGAAAUAGUGGUAGCAAUCAAGUAAAUUAUCAACUAGCAAAGUUGAAACUUGGAAGCCGGAGAGGGGAGUCACCAAAGAAAGAGAUGAAGCUCAAAUUGUUUGUACAUCGUCUAUCUCAGCCAUCCCGUGCAGUUCUCAUCUUCUGCAAGUUAAAUAAAAUAGAGUUUGAGGAAGUCCAAAUUGAUCUCUCUAAAGGCGAGCACUUGUCUCCUGAAUUUAAAGAAAUCAAUCCCAUGCAGAAGGUGCCAGCCAUGGAAGUGGAUGAAGGAUUUAAGCUCUUUGAGAGUCAUGCAAUUCUACGAUUUCUGGCUUGUGCUUCUCCUGGAGUUGCAGAUCAUUGGUACCCAGCAGACCUGUUCAAACGAGCUGAGAUCAACUCAGUUUUAGACUGGCAUCACGCCAAUCUACGACAUGGUUCAGCUGGAUUAGUCUUCCAUAGCAAACUGGCACCACUUUUUGGUCUGCCUUCGGAUGUACAAGCAGCAGCUGAUUGCGAAAAAGUGCUCUCAGCUUCUCUUGCAAAGAUCGAGUCUUUUUGGCUGAAGGAGGAAGGACAAUUUCUGCUGGGAAAUUCCAAACCUUCAAUUGCAGACCUGAGUUUGGUCUGUGAAACCAUGCAACUUGAGGCCUUGGAUGAGAAGGUUCGUCAACGGUUAUUAGAUCCACAUGAGAAAGUUCGGAAGUGGAUGGAUGAUACAAGGAAUGCAAUGCAACCUUACUUUGGAGAAAUUCAUGGCGUCCUAUUUCAAUUGAAAGACAAACUAAAGGAGAUGGAGUCUGAUGAGUGAUGAGGCAAAUUAAAAUAAACUGAUAUAUAGUCUGCUUAAAAUAAAACAGAUGCGGCAUUGCAGCUAUCUGUUUAGUUCCCUCAGUAUGAUUUCCAGGUUCUUUAAACCUUGAACAACCAUAUGAUUACGUGCAACGUUGUGUAAGUUUGAGUUACA